UCAGGGGAGUGAACAUGUUCAUUAGUUUUAGUGAACGGUGCCGUCCUUAUUGUGAAAGUCUCGGAUACGCCAGCCUGUCACUGCGGGAGUAUGCUCGUGACGCGAAUAGGCUUGUGACUAUAUUAGGCUUGUGACAGUAAUCGACCUGGGACGGUAAUUGUCCCGUGCCAUCAGCACGAGAAAAUCACAAUAGCUCUGAUAUUAGGCUUCUGAGUCAACUUUCAGUACUCACCUUGACAUCAGCGCGGAAAAAUCGUAUUUCGAGUCGACUCAAAAUCGUAUCCAGGGGGAAUUAUUCACGAUUCUUCUCAGACUAGAUGGAUGCGUUAACUGUAGCGACUCUCCCACGUUUUCCGCAUUAGAAGCGAGACGUGCUUCCAGGUGCUUCAUAACGCGACUGACCGCCAACUUAUCUGAUGAACCGUGGGUAAUGAGACUAUUUUUUAGUCGACUCCAAAAUGGGCGCCGUGCGUGCCGCCCUUGUCAUUGUACUAACGAAGGGCAAGUGAACUAAUUGUCAUUUCCGUUAGUGAGUAGGCCCAUAACCACUGUCGGCCUUACUUGGCUUCGCAACGAAUAAUACUAAUCAUCGCGCCUCAAUCAGAGUGAGUCACUAACGGGUAUCGGCAGCAGGAGGCGGUUAGAGUCCGGUGGAAGGCGGUCGGUGGAGUUCGGUAGAGACCGGUACACAUGGAAGCAGAGGAGACAGAAUGGGACACAGAAACAGGAACGGCGGUAGAAACUGGCGAAAAGCUGGCCCCGUUACAGGAACGGUUACUAGCGGAAGGUUCGUCCGAGCCUGCUGGCUCGGGAAGACCCGAGCCUGUUGGUUCGGUGAAGUACGGACCAGCAGGCCGUAGGCUCGGAGUGUCCGUGCCUCGGAUGGUUCACUCGAGCUCGCUAAGCGCGCCGAGCCCGAAGACGCCCGUGGUACCGACUCCGGGCAGAAAGAGAUUUUCACGGGCAGCUGGGGCAGGCGAAGGGGCAGAGAAUGGAAAGAAAGCUUCCGCAGUAUUUGCUCGUAGUACGAGCGUCAGCCUGCCCGUGAGAAAUGUUUUGGUGCUUUCUGGCGGGGAAAAAGGUGGAAGGGAGAGUGGCGGGAAGGGUAAGAGCCGUGGGGAAGGGCAGCGGAGAGAAGGGGAGGGUGAGGCGGAGAAGGAGGAGGGGUACGGGGAGGGGUGGAAUGAGCGGCGACAGGCGCAGGCGGAAGCUGUGACACGUGCCAUGCAGAGAUUGGACGUGGGGAAGGAGGGGAGGGUGGCUGAAGUCGCGGCAACUCCAAGGGAAGAAAGUUCUCUCCGCCUUUCCCGCAAGCAGAAGCGCCAGCGCAUGCUGCAGCGAGCAGAAACCGCAUUGCCACAACUGGCGCAGCGCGUGUCAGAGGCGCCUCGCUUCCGAUUGGACGAUUUUCUGGCGGCGCUUGACAGCCUGGCAGCGCUUCGGGGGAAGCUGAGAGGGGCGCUGGAGGAGGAACAGAGGGAGGAAGAGGAGGAGGAGGAGAGGAGGGAAGAGGAGAGGAGGGGGGAGGAGAGGAGGAGGGUCAGGGGUAGCGAAGAUGACGAGUUUAGGGCAGAGGUUGGCACGCUGGAGAGUAGUGCGGGUGUAGGGAGCGAAGGAGAACGAGAAGAGAAAGGGGAGGGAGGGGAAGGGAAAGAGGAGAUUUCUGGGUCAGGAAGGAGAGAGGGCGAGGGUGGUAGUCGGGAGGAGAAGGAAGGAGUGAGAGUGGGCGAGGUGGACAGAGGCGCAGGUGUAAACGCAGGAGCAAACGCAGGAGCAAAUGCAGGAGUAAACGCAGGAGUAAACACAAGAGUAGCCACAGGGGAUGAUGAUGCUGGUGCUGGUGCUGAUGGUGAUGGUGAUGGUGGUACUGAUAGUCAGAAGUAUAUGGCAGAUCUAGAGGAGGGAGGGGAGGGGCUGGAAGCAGCUGGUGGAAGAGGGGUAGUGAGAAGGCUGCAUUUGGACGGGGGGGUAGAAGAGAGGGAUGCGAGGGAUGCGAGGGAGGAGAGGGAGGAGAGGGAGGAGAGGGAGGAGAGGGAGGAGAGGGAGGAGAGGGAGGAGAGGGAGGAGAGGGAGGAGGAAACGGACAGGGAAACCGCCUCUCCCGUUGCUGCUAUCGAUCUUGCUGCUACCCCCGUGCUACAAUGGGAUGUGCUUGUAAGCGUGGAGGCUGUUAUCGAGGAUGCUCUUAUGCUGCUGGAAGACGAGUUCGAGGCAACCCUCUCCAAGCACGGCAAGCCCCUGGACCUCCCGACCCUCAAGUCUGCCCUCCACGCCCAGAAUUUCGCCACCGCUGCUUGUGGUGCCAACGCUGGUGCUGCUGGUGGUGCUGCCAAUGUUGGGGCACCAGGUACAGCGCCCUCCCUUCGAGCGCGCAGGGCCACUGGCCUCACCCCCAUCACCACCCGCUUCACCCGCACCUCCUCUGACUUCUCCCUCGCUGCAGUCGCAUCCGCCAGAGGAACCACAAACGCGCUUAUAAGCCCGCUUGCUCACCGCAGUUUGGCUGCUGGCUCUGCUGCUCCCCGCAGCCCUGCUAGUCAGAAUCCCGGCCCGCGCUCCCCUGGCCUCCGCACGCCAGGACAGAACUUGCCGCCCUUUUCCCCGUCUUCUCGCCGCCUUUUUGCGGUUCAGCAGCAGCAGCAGCAGCAAGAUUGGCAGCAGCAGCAUCAGCACCAGAACCAGCAUCAGCAGUACCAGCACCAGCACCAACAUCAGUAUCAGCAGCAGCAGCAGCAGCAUGGGCACAGGCCGGAUCAGGGCCGCUUGUGGAAAUCCUCCUCUAGUUUCCUCUUUGACGACCCCAUGAUGAUUGAGUUCAAUGCCUCCCUGGCUGAUGCUGCCGCUACUGCCGCUACUGCCGCCACUGCUACUGCUACUGCCACUGCCACUACUGCUGCUGCUGGUGGUGCUGCUGCUGAUAGUGGAAGUGGUGGCGCUGGUGGUGCUAGUGCUGGUGGUAGUGCUGCUGCUGAUGGUUCUCAUGUUCCAGCAAUCAUUAGUCCGACAGGUGGUGCAACCGGAAACAGCAACAGCAUUCACUCCCCCCAUAACAGUAACACUACCCUCAAGAGCAAGUCCGGUAACCGCAUAAUCAUCCCCGUUAGCGUAACCGGCAGCAGCACGGGCAGUGAACCCCCGUCUGAAAGCCCCACAGCGCAGUCUAUGCUCUCCCCUCCUUGCUCCGACGCCUCCCCUCCCUCUAACCUCAUCAAGACGAUCAGCAGCAGCAGCAGCGCCAGCAGCACUGGAUUCCUCUCCCAGGAUCAUUUGGGGCAACUAACUGCUGCUGCUGCUGCUGUUUCCGGUGCUCCUGGUGCUGCUGGUGCUGCUCCCAGUGCUCCCAGUAUUCCUGGUGUCCCCAGUGCUGCUGCUGCUGCUGUUACUGGUUCUGUUAUUGGUCCUGGGGGCCUUCGCCCCAUGUUUUCUGGCCCUCUCCCCUCCACAGCUGGCUCGAAUUCACCCUACAACCCCCCCUACACGUCUGGUUACAUACCCCAUAACGCGUAUGCUUAUAACGCAGCAGGGUCUUCGUCCUUCUCCUCUUCUGCCUCCGCCUCGCCCUACGCCCGGCCCACUCCCCCACGCAUCACCAUCCCCAUUCACCCAGACGACGACGACGCCGAACCUGACUCCAACGAUUUCCCAAACCUGACGCCAGGUUCGGCGGCCAGGGCCGGGAAUGCCGCGCCUGCGGGACAGCCAGGCCAGGAGGGUCGGCUGUCUACAGUGCAGGAGGAUCAACGGAAAAGCAGGCAACUUAACAGUAUCAAUAGCAGCAGCACCAAUAGCAGAAGCACCAACAGCAGCAGCGCCAAUAUUAGCAGUACUCCUAGGUCCCUUGAGAACCGGUCCCCCUUAAGUUCCGAUCCUCGAUCGGUAAACCCCUCUCCUGCCCUGUCUCCUUCUCCAUCUGCUGCUGCUGCUGCUGCUACUGCUGCUGCUGCUGCUGGUGGCAAUGGUGCUUGUUCUCCUCCUACCGGUGCUGCCAAUCGCACUAAACUUGUGGCCUUUUCUUCUCCAUUGCGGGGAAAGGGAGCGAGGGCCAGAGGGGAGAGGGGCACAAGCAUAGGCAGAGCAGCAGCAGGAGCAGCAGCAGGGGGAGCAGCAGGGGGGUUGGAGGCUGUGGAUUGGCGGGUGGCGUUUAGUGAGUGGGGCGAGUGGUUGCCAGUGGCGGAGAUAGGGUGGUUACGCAAGAUGGCAACGCGGAUCGUGGCGAACGGGGGGCUCACCCGCUGCUGUGCCCGAUACUGCGCCGCCCGCGGGCCGAGCAUAGCGAGUGGCAGCGCUUGUCUGGACCUGAAGGAGCGCAGUGCUGCUGAGCUGGAGGGCAUGCCGUGGGGCCAGCUGGAACCCACCAUCAAGACAUGGCUGCGGGAUGCCAACAUCCUGAUCCGGGUGCUGUUGGAAGGGGAGCGCCUCCUCUGCGAGGCAGUCCUGGAGGACGCACCAGAGCUGGAUGCGGGCGGCGUGUAUCGGCAGCUUCUGUCGGCGUCGCCGUGCGUGGAGGGCUCGGUGGGCAAGCUGGUCGGCACGGCGCGGUCUAUUGCCGGGCUGUCUCGAUCCCCUGAGAAGGUGUUCAGCUUCAUCGAGAUGUUCCGCGCUGCCACGGGGCUGCAGGAACAGGUACAAUCUGUGCUGAUAGCAGCAGCAGGGGUGGGCGGAGGGCCCUUAUGGCCGCAGUGGCAGGCACUCCCUGCUCUCCUUGCCGCAGCCGUGUUUGAGACCAUAGACGAGCUCAAGAGCACGCUGACAGACGUGGGCGGGUUCACCCCAGCUGCUCAACCCUCGCCUGUGGCCCCUAAGAAGAAGCUGCUUAGCAGGAUAAUUUCCUGGAAGGCGCAGGAGGUUAAGAGCCAGAGCGGGGAUGACGUGGACGUGUCGGUGCAUGCGGUUACCAGCUAUGUGGUUAACUACAUAGGGCAGCUGCUGGACAGAACCUCCCGAGCCAACUACUGUGCGGUGCUGGAGGAUAUCUACAAGUGCCAUGGGGCGGACCAUCUAAGAGGCAGCACCCACCAUCCGGAGCAGGCGCUCCACAUGGUGCAGAGAGCAGGGAUGCCGAAAGCAGCAGCAGCAGCAGCAGCGGUAGAAGCACCGCUGGUAUGUGAGGGGAGUGAAGAGGCGAAAGAAAAGCAGAGGGAGGGGAAAGGGCGCGGAAUGGACCCUCCUCCUUCCUCCCCUGCAUCGCCCCCUAGAACCCCUAGUCUCCCUUCCACCGCCGCUCAUACCGCCCUAGAUCCUACCCGCCCUCCUGCUGCUGCUGCUGCUGCUGCUGCUUCUGCUGGUGGUGGCAGUGGUGGUUUAAACUCCACCCCUGCGACUCCAAAAGAGAACACGCGGGAGGCCCAGGGCUCUCAUUCACAGCAGCAUCAGGAGCAGCAGCUAGGCAGCAUCAGCAACAGCAAAAGUGGCGGCAGCGGCGGUGGUAGUGGCAGCAAGCAGGCCAGGGGGAGCGUGAGGCAGAGGAAGCGGCAGCUAGGGGCGGACAUGGAGGCGCUGCUGGAUGCUCUUUAUCUCAACAUGGAGGCGCGAGGGCGGACUAUCGCGGACGGACCUUUAUCCGCGCUCUUUGUGCUCAAUAAUGCCAACUACAUCGCUUCCUCCAUCUCCUCUGGGCGAAUGCGUGACGCCAUCCGCCAUUCCGAUCGCCUUGCAGACUACGAGGCAGCCUUCGAACAGGCAGCACUAUGCAAGCUGCUGGCAUGCUUGGAGCCAUUGGAAGUGAGUGCCAAGAUGAGUGCGGAUGGCAUCAAGCAAAGGUUGAAGCGGUUCAAUGCGGUAUUCGAGGAAGUAGCCCUGGAGCAGCGCCGGUGGCUGGUGCUGAGUGACAGCUGCCGCAAGGCCAUGCGCGUGCGGUUUGCCAAGGUCAUCAAGGGGUCAUACAUGGACUUUCUGACACCUCAUAGGGAGAUUAUAUCAGACAUUCCAACAUACCAUUGGUCCCCGGAUGGAGUGGAAAGAAUUAUUCUGAAGAGCUUCUUCCUCGGUCGAAGCCUCCCUUGCGUCAUGUCUGCUUGAGAAUACUUAAUCAUGAUCAUGCUAGCGGCAUACAUUACCCUAAAACCGCAAUGUAUUGUUAGGGCAUCGUUUAACAUCUCACUAACAUCCUUCAAAUGUGGGUUCAUCUAACAAGUAGGUAAAGCAAUACCGCAUCUUAUGAGCUACCCUUGGGAUGUCUUAUA